AUGCCAAAUACAAUUUGUCCACUUUGCCAAAUAUCAUUUGAUACAGCAGGUAUUCAUCGACCAGUGAAUGAUGCUUGUGGACAUACAACAUGUUUUCAAUGUUUUAAAACGACAAUGUUACAAGCAACUGGAUGCAGUUUAUGUCAAAAAGAAGAAGAAUUUAAUUCUCAAUUAUCAGAUCUAAAUUAUGAUUCAGUAAGUUAAAUUAAAGUCUAGAUAUCGAUUCAAUAAAAAUGUUUCAUUUUCUUUUAGA